AUGCCCCCCAAGAGAAAGGUCGCAGAUGUUGUCUCGGGCGAGGCAGGCAAUGGAAGCGAGAACGAAUCCGAUGUCGACUCUGUUGAACCGUUCGAGUGCAAUUUGGCCAAGAAGAUGAGGGAAAUGAAGCAGGAGCACGCCGACGAGCUCAGGCUCAUGCAGAACAAGUUGGAAUCGGCCGAGAAAAGCGCGGCCGACGCCAGAAAAGAAUGCCAACGCUGGGCUGCUUCUGCAGAGCAAGACCAUUUGGCGCUGGACAUGGCCCAGACCGUCCUUGCAAGCAUCUCGCCAGAUCAACAGAUGGAGCUCGGAGCAUCCCUAGAUGAUGCGAGUCGACUACAGCUCGAUCACAUGUUGCGCCGCCGGAAAGCCGCGGUUAACGAAGCCGUGGCAAAAGCAAUCCAAGAACACAUCCGGCGUGCUGCUCACUACGGAUUCCAGGCGGGCCAACGCCAAGUGCUUCACAACCUAGAUACCGCUAUUGGCAUGAUUAAAGCCGCCAGCGUUCCUCAGGAGUCCGGCGAGCAGAAUCCGUCGAACGAAGCUUCGGACCCUGGUGAAGGCAGUGAGCAUGACGCCAUCUAA